UCAACAGCAGUCUAGAAGCACGGUUGCACCAUGUGCACACCCCACACACACAUCUCAAAGCCCUGCUCGUUCGUUCCCACGGAAGCCCGGAAGGGGGGCGCAUUGGCGCGUGCAACAGCGGAAGGAGCCAGGAUGGCGAAAGACGAGGCGAGCUUCUUCGGUGGCCACUCUCUGCCUGACCUCAGUGUGAGCCCCACUUUCGGGCGACAGACGAGCGCGCGAGAAUCCGAGAGCUCCAACCGUAUCCUUGGUGCGGUGGAAUCGAGAGAUCAUGCAAAGCUGCGGGAGGGCCUGUCUGGCUCCGUCAAGCCCCCCUCCAAUGCCGUCCUCGCCCCUAGCAUGUCCUUCGAGCACCGCAUGAGAACGCCCCUCAUGGCCGCCGCGGCCACCGGUAGCCUGGCCCUCUUCGCAACAGUCCUACACGCCGUGAACCGUGCCAUCGGCGAGCAACGGAUGGAGACGAACCGGAUCAGCCUCAGGAAGAAGCAGCUCGAGUACAUGGACGAGUCGGGCAUGACGCUGCUGAUGCUGGCCGCGAGGAGCGGUAACGUGGGGAUAUUGGAGGCGGUUGUAGAACGGGUCCGAAUCGCUCCGGAACGCCUGCUGGACCGCGACCACAGCGCUACGACGGUGCUCAUGCACGCCGCGGGCGCCGGGCGCUCGGCCGUGUUCACCGUCAUCCUCAACGAGCUUCAGAGAUGCUACAAGGAUAAUGUGGAAGAGCAGCUGCUGGCGUCGUCGGCAGACGACCGUACGAUCCUGAUGCACGCGGCCAGGUGCGGCGACCAGAUGGGAGUGCUGUCCGUCAGCCACGCGUGCCAGAGGUUCAUCAUGCCGUCGAGGCUGAGGAAGCUCGUCAAGCAGGUCGACAGCGAAGGGGUAACGUUUCUCAUGCACGCCAUAUCUGCCACCUCAUUCCACACCGGCGCUCCAACAGCAACAACAACGACGACGUCGACGACGGAAACAAUCGGUGGGGGAAAACGGCGAUCGGCGGACGAAGAGGCUGGUGAAGGCGAAGGCGGCAAUGGUGAUGAUUACGACGAGGAGGAGGAAGAAGAUGUCGCCGUGGCCGCCGCCGUGGCUGCCGCUGGGGAAGGGGCCCCGCGGGAUGAGUGGGUGUUGGACCCCGGCAUGGCGGUGCUGAAGUCGGCGUUGGCCCUGGUGGAGGAGGUGCGCGAGCAGCUGAAGGCGACGGACUCUUGGGGGAGAACGAUCUUCGGGCACGCUGUCCUAACGAGGCGCCCAAAGGUGUUCGACGCCGUGUUCUUCGCAGCGAGGGAGCACAUUCUCGACGAUGAGAUUGCUGCCCUAAUGGGCAUCAACAAGGAAGACAAGUCGGACACGGUGAUGGAGACCGCACUGCAGACAGUCCCCAGGGCGAUGGCUGCGAGGGUUGCCCGUAGAGACCAGGAGCUUAAGAGGGCGAUCACCCUUGAGGAGCGGGCUUCUACAAUCGAAUCCAAGAUCCAAAGCUUCAUCCCUGGAAAGUUGAUCGUGAUCUUCCAGCUUCUUCUGCCUGAGGUCGGUAGCAGCGACAAGCUGACUCUUCUGAUCAUCAUGUCCGCCAUCGCUCCAGGUUUGUCCUGGGCGGCGGGCCUGGUCGCCAGGGAGAAACCCGGAUCGACCGAAAAAAGGCGUUCGUUGGUGUCUCUGUUCCUGUCUGCCCCGGCGAUGUUCUUCUGGGGCCUUGGAACGAGCACCGUCGGGAUGACGCACGGCAUGGGCUGGAACGAUUCCGCCACCGCUGCCGCUUUGGCCGUGGCCACCAUUAUCAUACCCGCGAUGGACGCGUUCUUCAACAGCCGGAAGGUGGAGCAGUGGUAUGACAAGUGGUCUUGCCAACGCUGGCGGUUCUCACAGCGGGCCCACGCGAAGUGGGUGAAAAAGCACGGGAAGGUUUCGCCUGCUGCUGCCGCUGCUGGUCCUCGUGCGACCGAUAGCUCCAAGGCGCACUCCACCACGGUGAUACCGGCGCAGCAACCUGGCCCUGCGGGGGGCACUAAGCGCGGCAGCUACCAAGGGGGGGUGGGGGGGAUGUUGCGGGACAAGGACAAGAUUAUCGAGGAGGAAACGAAGCACCACCUGGAGCACUCCCCUCCACCUUCGCCGCCGCAGCCGCCGCCGCCGCCGCCGCCGUAACAGCAGCAGCGACAGCCAGACCCGGAGAAUCAAAAAGACGGCGGCGACUGACAAGUCACGGUGCCGGAACAGCAACAUCGGCAAUAGCUAGACUCCAAGAGUCAGAACCAAGACGGGGGCGACCAACGGUCAUGGUUGUCCCACACCGAAGCCGCAGCGGCAGUCGCAGCAGCAGCCACAGGAACGGCAGCCAUGCCCCGAGAAUCAGAAGCAAGGGGGUGGGCGAAAACAUCAGUCCUGGUGCUUGGCGGAGGCGCGCAACUUACGGGUCACUUCCGGGAAUAUUUUUUUGCUCUUGUAAGAUACCGAGGCUAUGACGCUCUCUUGUUUUCUCUGGGGGGCACAAUUCAGCAGCUAGUCACUUAUUGUAAAACAGUUUUUUGCGUGUUGCCCUGUAAUUUUCGACCGAACACCUGUCGUUGUCAAGUUCUUUCGUCUGUUUCUUUUUGAGCCUGGGUUUGGUAACUCCGAGGUUCACUUGUUUCAGUAGACACUGGGUGUUGUGGUGUGGCGGCCGGGGUUGAAUACUGUAGUGAGUAGAUUUGUUGCCGGAAGAGGCGACGCAAUGCUGCUGUGUGUGUGUCUCUGUAUUUUUAGCGUCGACCGCGCUAGCAGGCUGACCAAUGUAUGAGUGCGGGGGUCUCACUAGCAACCAUCACGCGGGCUAGCCGGCCGAGGCAUUGCAAGGGCGCCGGGUUUUUUGUAUUCAGCGGGACAAAUAGCCGCGAACACCAGUAGUGGUCGGUGUGCGUGUUUUUGCCUUUGGCGUUUUCUUUAUUUUGUUGUGAAGAGGAUCUCGUGCAAAGUGUUGUAUAUGCAUCACACUCCUUGACCUUCGAUAUCAAGUCAAGUAUCGUCACCGGCCAUUUUUGGCGUGUAUCCGACAGCCGAACAACGGCCUUAAGUAUGAAUAUCUCGGUAGAUUAAUGUCCAGGCGCAUCCGGUGUUAAUCUUAUCUGUUCCAUUGUAAACAAGUCACUCUUUUGCGUGUCUCCUUCUCGAUUUUUUUUUUUUUGGCCCACAACUGCGUAGACGAGAUAUCAGUAGUACCAGUGAGUGUGUCGUGACAUCGUUUUUGUUGGUAUGUAGCAGCACGAUGACGCAAGCGCGCAUCUGCCCACCUACUGGAUCUCUCUUCGUCUUUUUGUGACUUUUCUGUCAUGAUCAAUUGCGUGGCACGCCCCGCACGUGCGUCCAUGCAUGUUCUCCUCUUACUUGUGGUCCCAGGUAUCUGCACGUAUAGUUCAUUGGGUUUAUGUAAAUUGGAGGUGAUGACGCACAGUUCCUCGAGGUACAAAGUUUCCGAGCACGGGCAUCGUUCACGGUACAUGGUUGCGAAGGACGGUUCAAUUAGAUUUGUUGAAAGUGCAAGGACGCGGCGCAUUCGUUACUUUUUUUGUACGCGCGCUUGGUAGGGAAAACGGCUGGGUUCGUCCCGCCAGGACAAGAACUUCCUGGUAGAAUCCGUUUAUUCGUUGGGUGCGUCCGAUAUAUUACCGUUCAUGUCCGUAUUUGCUUCGAUCUGCAGGUUGCGCUGACGAACGCGGGUCUUCAAGAAGAUGUAAUUGUGCUGUGGUUCGAUGAGAAAGUCACAUCGUUCUUUCUGUGCCACGUGGACGGCUCAACACGACACAUGCGAAGCGACGCACGCGGGUUUGCACUCU